CCGGGUUACUCGGAAGUGGUAGCGUAGUUCCAGUUCCGGGUUACGUCGGUAAAGGACACGGGGAAGAGAGCCAGUAGUGUCUAUGGCAAUGGCCGGCUCAGGGCUAUUAAUGCUCUGGUUGCCGGUUUUCAUCGUCUCAGCUGGUAAAAUGAAAAUUGUGGAUGAGCCGAACACUUAUGGGCUAAACAAUCCUUUCCUGUCCCAAGUAAACAGACUUCAACCCAAAAUUGACCCUGCUGCGAUUUCAGGCCCUGCUCAUCUGCACAGACUUGCUGGGAAAUGCUUCAGCAUGACUGAGUCUGUAUACAAGUAUGAGUUCUGCCCCUUCCAUAAUGUCACUCAACACGAACAGACAUUCCGCUGGAAUGCUUAUAGCGGGAUUCUGGGAAUAUGGCAGGAAUGGGAGAUUGAGAACAACACGUUUGUGGGAAUGUGGAUGAAGGAAGGAGAUUCCUGUGGUACCAAGAACAGACAAACCAAGGUUCUUCUUAAAUGUGGACCCAACCACAAAUUGAUCCACGUUUCCGAGCCCCACACUUGUAUCUACUGGCUCAGUUUCGAGACGCCCCUGGUAUGCCACCCCCAUUCUUUACUGGUUUACCCAAAUCUGAAGCAAGAGUUGCAGAAUCAGUGGGACCAGGCAGAACAAUCACUCUACGAUGGCCUUAUUACUCAGCAAGGCUAUAGGAAGUUACUACAAGAGAUAUUUGAAAAUGCAGGUUACCUAAAACCCACUGGAACAACACAGACUCAACAGGGGAAAGAGGAACAGAACCAGUCACGGGAGAUUACCUUGGGCAGAUGUAAUGAGGAACGAAAUAAACUCUCAGUAGAGAUCCAGAGACUGAAGGAUCUACUGACCCAUCACAACAUAUCUUUCUCGAAGCCAACUGAGAGUGAAAAUAACCCCACCAUCAUUGGACAUCAAACUCCUAGGAGUAAAAAGCUGCGUGGAGAUCUAGGGCUCCGGGAUGACGUGCUAUGAUUGGUAUCCAAUGGAUGGACAUUUUAGUGAAUUGUUCACUCUCCUCCAUACCCAUUCAAACAUUUGCCUUUUUAGAAAAAACAAAUUUCAUUCACUGGAACAUUUCUCAUGCAGUUGAUGCUUCUGCAAAUCCUGCUUACAUUAAAUGUGGGGUUGGCAGAAUUUUCUUUAUUCCCUUUUGGAUUGUAUAAUGAAUUGUAUUAUUAAGUCAAGGAACUUUACCAGUUUAAGAGUUGAAUAAAUGUGGAGUUGAUUCUAAA